GUUACUUCACCGUGGGUUUCUAUUGACUGCUCUCGCUCAAUGAGAGACAGGCGUGUGAACCUAUUAGACAAAGCAGUGCUGCUUCUAGUCAGUUUCUAGGUCAUUAUACAUAACUUAACCUCAUUUUUUGUUAUAUAUUUAUUUAGGUUUACAGUUUCAUUUUGCGAGGACUAACCACACAGGGAGGACAUUUUCAUAAAUUAAUUGGAUUAAUUGUAUUUUCUACUAUGAAGACAACAUGCCUCAACUGAGAAGCACGGAGACAACAGUUUGAACCUCAAGUCUGCUCAAACAUUUUUUCUCUCAACAAUGAACUUCAGGUGGCGACAGACAAGGUUGCUGGUAAGCUGAGUUCUACUCUCUCAUGGGUGAAGAACUCAGUGUCCCACACGGUCAGUCAGAUGGCUAGCCAGGUGGCCACGCCCACGUCCCUGCAGACCACUACCACCUCCUCCUCUACGUCUCUGUCCUCGCCUGCCCUCUCGCCGUCUUCGCCUGCGCAGCUCAGUCCCGACGAUGUGGAGCUGCUUGCCAAGCUUGAGGAGCAGAACAGGCUGCUGGAGACAGACAGCAAGUCGCUACGCUCCAUGAAUGGCUCCAGGCGAAACAGUGGCUCCUCCCUGGUGUCCAGCUCAUCCGCCUCCUCCAACCUCUCCCACCUGGAGGAAGACUCGUGGAUCCUGUGGGGACGAAUCGUCAAUGAGUGGGAGGACGUGCGCAAGAAAAAGGAGAAGCAGCUUAAGGAUCUUGUUAGAAAAGGGGUUCCCCACCACUUUCGGGCAAUAGUAUGGCAGCUGUUGUGCAAUGCCCAGAAUAUGCCCAUCAAGGAUCAGUACUCCGAACUACUGAAGAUGACGUCACCCUGCGAGAAGCUGAUUCGCCGAGACAUCGCCCGCACUUACCCUGAACAUGAAUUCUUCAAAGAGAAAGACAGUUUGGGCCAGGAAGUGCUCUUCAAUGUCAUGAAGGCAUAUUCUCUGGUUGACCGUGAAGUUGGCUACUGUCAAGGGAGUGCUUUCAUUGUAGGACUGCUACUCAUGCAGAUGCCAGAAGAGGAGGCUUUCUGUGUGUUUGUCAAGUUGAUGCAAGACUACAGAUUACGAGAGCUCUUCAAACCCAGUAUGGCUGAGCUGGGACUCUGCAUGUACCAGUUUGAGUGUAUGAUCCAGGAGCAACUCCCGGAGCUGCAUAUACAUUUCCAGGCUCAGAGCUUUCACACUUCCAUGUACGCCUCCUCCUGGUUCCUCACCAUCUUUCUCACCUCCUUCCCUCUGCCCGUUGCCACAAGGAUCUUUGACAUCUUCAUGUGUGAGGGUCUGGAGAUAGUCUUUCGUGUGGGACUGGCCAUUCUUCAGAUGAACCAGACUGAACUAAUCCAGCUUGACAUGGAGGGAAUGUUACAGCACUUUCAGAGGGUCAUCCCACACCAGCUCGACAGUGGACCAGAUAAGGUCAUCCAGGCUGCUUAUCAAGUUAAAUACAAUGCCAAGAAGAUGAAAAAGUUAGAGAAAGAAUACACUACAAUCAAAACUAAAGAGAUGGAGGAGCAGGUGGAGAUAAAGAGGCUGCGGACAGAGAACAGGCUCCUGAAGCAGAGGAUAGACACACUAGAGAAAGAAAGUGCUUCCUUGGCAGAUAGAUUGAUCCAGGGACAAGUGACCCGAGCUCAGGAGGCAGAGGAGAACUACCUGGUCAAGCGGGAGUUGGCCACAGUCAAACAGCAGAGCGAGGAGGCCACUGCUGAGCUGGAGCAGGCCAAGAAAACCAUCAGGCAGCUCCAGCAACAGCAGCAACAGCAGCAGCAGCCACACGCGAAGGGAGCCCCACGGUACUCUGAGGAGUCCGUCCUGCAGCUGGAGAGAGAGCUGGUGCAGGCCCGGCUGAAGGAGGCAGAGUCUCAGUGUGCCCUCAAGGAGAUGCAAGACAAGAUCCUGGAUAUGGAGAAGAGGAACACAUCUCUACCGGAUGACACAAAUGUGGCGCGUCUUCAAGAGGAGCUGAUAGGGGUGAAGCUGAGAGAGGCGGAGGCUCUGACUGGCCUGAAAGAACUGAGGCAGCAAGUCAGAGACCUGGAAGAGCACUGGCAGCGCCACUUGGCACGCACCGCUGGUCGCUGGAAAGACAGCCCCAGGAAGAACACUGUGAGCGAGCUGCAGGACGAGCUGAUGAGUGUGAGGCUGCGUGAGGCCGAGGUCCAGGCAGAGCUGCGAGAGACGCGACAGAGGAUGCUGGAGAUGGAGACGCAGAAUCAGAUUCACAGUAACCAGCUGCGACGGGCGGAGCAGGAGAGUCGCUGUCUGCAGGAGUGUGUGCAAACACUGACGGUGCAAAAUAAAGACCUGCAUGUGCAACUCCAAGAGAUCAAGCGGAGACAAGCUGAGAUUGAAUGCAAGAGUAAGGAAGAGGUGAUGGCAGUGAGACUGCGGGAAGCUGACAACAUUGCUGCUAUGGCUGAACUCCAGCAACAGAUCUCAGAGCUUGAGAUUCAGAAAGAAGAAGGAAAGGUCCAAGGCCAGCUGAACCACACAGAUUCGAGCCAGUACAUCCGCGACCUCAAAGACCAGAUAGGAGAGCUAAAACACGAGAUUUGCUGCUUAAAAGGACAGAGGGGCUUGGCCAGUCAGCCCACUUUUGAUGGGAUCCACAUUGUCAAUCACUAUGUGGGGGAUGAUGGCUCUUACCAGUCUUCAGACGAAGAUGGAGUCAAGGACCCCACCCUCCAGGACUCCCAGCAUAGGAGCCGGGGUCGUAUCAGACUGCGCCCCAACCUCCAGGACACCGACAGCGAGGAGGAGGAUGAGGAUGCCCUGCGACUCUCUGUACCUCAGAGCAGCAGCCACAAGUCCACCACCGUGUGACCAGCACCCGCUGGGCUGCCAGAGUUGGGACAGAGGCCGUCAGCACCUGCUGAGGAAGAGGAGGUGUUUCCAGCAGCCACUUCAGAGGGGAAGUCUGGAUCUGGAGUUCUGAAUUUCCGAAAGGAAACGCACCAUCAUUUCAUAUCAUGAGAAUCACACUUAAAGAUUUAGUUGAUCUAGAUUGUUUGUAGUUUUUGUUUUCUUCCUGAGGGCAGCAAACACCCGUCUGUCUGAGCACCACUGGCAGAAGCAGAGAAUUAAAUAAAGUGGAGCGUAUUAAACUCUACUGGGCCACAAUGACCAGAGGAGGAGGAGGAGGAGGAGGCUGUAGGGGGUUGAUGUAGGAGAGAGGAGGGGUGUGGGUGUGUCUGUCACUCCUCUGGCCCCCUGCUGUAGGUACAACACAGAGAAAGAGACUGUGCAAUAAAACCUUUUGCGCUAUAUUACACUCUUCAUCCAAUGUGUUUUUAUAUUUUUAAAGCAUUUUAUAAAUGAACAUCAAAAAUUGUAUUGAUGCCGUUACUACUAAGUGUCCAUUGUGCAGAGGCAGAACUGUACCAGUGCUGUGUGUGUGUGUGUGUGUGUGUGUAUAUAUAUAUAUAUCUAUUGUCUUGAUGAACUUGGUCAGAGGCUGCUAUUAACCAGCGCUGACGUGACUUUUUGGCCUUAGCACAUGCUGCAUGCCUUUCACCAGGGCUGGUGUACUAAAGGUCAAUGUGACAUCUGCAUACUUGUAGAUAUGUAAAUGUGUAUUAUGUAUUUUUUUCAAUUCCUUUUGAACUUGAAAAUAUGUAUCUAUUGCAUAUCUGAUGUUUAGAAUAUAUUGUACAAUUGAGAAAAAAGGGACAUAUAAGUUAGUUUAAUAUGUUAACAGAUCCUGUUUCUGAGAAGAGAAAAACUGUUCUCUCCUCAUUAAAACACUUCAGCUCACUGUUUUCAGACAAGUUAACAUGAUUCAUCAGCGCAACUACUGUUGUUAUUGUGCUGAAUUCUCUGAAAGGAUAGCGGCUUUACUUUCAAAAUGAGGCCCCUCACCCCCCCUCCAGUAAGUCAGUUCAGCACAUAUCGCACGUUUGCUGAUGAGUCAAACAUGAGUAAUGUCUACCAUAUGUUUUGUGUAUCACAAAUUUGCACGGAAAUGGAUGACGGUCCUAGGGAACUUUUGAACUGGGAGAUAAAGCUAACAAACACCACAUUGUACACUUUAUAACAGAGUCUGGAGAGGAAUCAGGAGCUGUCCAGUGUUACCAAAGUAAGCACCAUAUUGUGCUCAUCCACAGGCCACUCCAUUUCACACACAAGGACCUGGAUGUGUAAGAAUUUCUCUGAAUGUCUGUAUUGAACACUAACGCCUGUAUUCAGUGAAAGACUGGAAGUGAGUGCCGCUGUCACGCCCAGGAUACAGAAAAGGUUCUGACUUUGAUAAUGUCCCUUUGAUGAACAAGAUACCCUGUGUGGUAUGGGAGAGGAACACGUUAUGGCACUUUCAGAGUCUGCAGUGCAGUAAAGGACACACAUGGCAACACUAUGGAGCAGUCGGCACACUCUGGAGACUAAGUGAGAUUGGUGUGUGUGUGUGAUGAGUUCACAAUAAAAUGUUUGAUACAC